CACAUUGCUCAGCAAUGUCUGGACCAAGCGGGGUUGCAGAAAUUCAUCCUUCCAAGAGAAGAAUGGCAGUUUCUCCGGGAACUGUACACAGGCGCCGCAAUGAAGCUUUUUCUUUUUCUUCUCACUUUUUGAAGCUGUUCACUAAGACUAACAGUCACUAAGAUACUUGAUUCGCUCUGUUCCAGGCCUCCAUGGAUCUUCUGGCUUUCACUGAGCCAUGAAACCACGAUUCCCAGGCUAAUGAGCCUUCUCUCCUGUGGUAUCUCCCAAGCUCGUCUCUUUGCAUGAAAGCGAAUGAUUUCUCCAGCAUGUGAAGCUGUUCUGAGGGUCCAUCUGACCUUGUGUCCGAGUCUCCUGCUUUUCUGCCGAGUCCAGCAGCUGGAGAGGAAACUCACACCCGCCCUCCGUGUCAGCACAGCCUCCUGUUUUGAGGACAACUGCAAUUCCCACCCUUCACGUUAUCUGUUUCUCUGUGCUUUAGCAUGAUCUUUUGCUAAAUAUACAGUGAUCUGUCCUCAGCCUUGAGGUCUUCAUUCACUGCUUCUUAUUUCUCCAGCCCAGUCAUCGAUGCUUGGCUUUGACUACUAUAUUCACAACAACUAAUCUGGCACAGCUUUGGGAUUUUUGCUUUGUGAGUCUGUCUGUCUGAUCGAGGAGGAGGACAGCCUUCUGUCUGUGCUACUCUUCUGCUCAUCUGCCUUAGGGUCCAGCUCUGGACCUGCAAAAGCUGAGCCUAAGUCCUGCGUGGGAUCUCCUCCUAAGGCUGUGCUUGUGGUGGGGAUACAUUUUGAAGAACUUUAGAGGGUUAAGCCAGGGUUCUGAAACCAGCCUAGGGGAAAAGUCACAUGCACAAGGGAAAUUUUGCAAGCUGGUGCUUGCAGCUCGGGGUGAUGAGAGUGAGCGCGGGGGCGAAGGCUUCCUGCCUUGGGUGAGCUGCGCCUGCUUAGUCCGUGGUCCCGGGACACACAGGGAAGAACGUGACCUUCUUCAUGUGUGUUGCGGCUGUGGGACCGGGGACCUCCCUGCUCGGCGGUGGGACAGCAUGGCGCCUGGGCUGUGCGGAGUGGGACGAUGGCAGAUAAAGGACCGUGAGAGGAGGAGGAGGGAGCUGAGCCAGGUCGCCGGGAGCAGGAGGUGAGCUGGACCAGAUGCUAACCUGAAGGGAUUGAAGGCAGAAGGGGAAAGGAGUGAGAAAAUUCACCGUUUGAGUCCACCUAUGGGUGCUGGGAGCCGUGCUCUGCAACACGAACCUGCCCAUGACCUGCAAGGAGAUCGCACUGGAGAGUCACACUCAACCUGUGGCCAUGACACGCAGGGCUCAAAAAUGCCUCCUUGCUCAUGGAAAGCAGGAUCUCGAGGAAGCUGUCAGUGGGAGUGUGAAUGAGGAUUUCACAAUCUGGUCCCCCACGAGAAGAGCAAGCUGCCUUGGGCUGAAUCCGUGUUUCUUAGCACUGAAAGAUAAGGCAGAUACACAAAGUGCUGAAUUUCUGACAAUACGACAGAGGAGAGGAACCUUCAGCAUGGCCCAUAAAACCCAAGCUGAUGGAAUUGAGAAAAAUGGGUCACUUUCCUCUGUCCUCUACAAGAGUGAUUUAACAGAAGGAUCCCUGCAGUGGGUGCAAGAACCCCUCGAUGGCCAGGUGCUCCUGGUGCUCUGCAUGGACAACAACUGCUCGGCCACCGCCUUCGACAUGGAGCUUUGUGUGGAGAAGUUGAAGUCCCUUGGGGUUCAGGUGGCAGCGGAUCAGUGCAGAAGGUUAAUCCAGGAUGCUGUCCUGAAGCCUGAAGUGAGACGGUACAUGUUCUACAACUCCAGGGCGUUCCAGAUAGCCAUUGCUGUGGUUUUCUACGUGUCUCUCUGGACAAACAUUUACUCCACAGUCCGGCUGUGUUCCUUUGGUCGCUACUGGGAGGCCAGCGUGCUGGUGACCCUGGCUGCUGUACUGGUCACUGUUGUUGUGAUACUGGUUCUUGACCGUCGCCAGAGGAAGAUAAAUAUGAAUACAGAUGCGAGGCUGGCAGCUGUCAAUGAAAUCUUGAUCAAACACAGUUUAAUACUGGGGAUUACAGAUGCCUUGGAUGGGCCACACAACAUCCUACAACUGUGGUUUGUGCGCUUCAGCCCGGAGCGCUGCCUCCAGUCCUUGUCAGCCCAUAUCACAGACCUGCAGAGGACACGAGAGUCGGGCUUGCGACGCAGCCUGGACCAGCUCUGCGUGGUUAUGGAGGCGGUGGUUCACCCUGACCCGGGGACGGAGGAGGAGACUCCGUGUGAAGAGUCCCCUCUUCUAUCCAAGGGAAGGAACCCAAAUAAAAAGCCUGUGACAUGCAAUGAGCUGCUCCGCCUGGUUCCUGAUGGCCCACCAGAGGUGAUGGCUCAGCAGCUCCUGGUGAUCUUCAGCGGAUGCUACGUGCGGCUCCUGGUCACCGGCCGGCUCCCCGGGGCUGGGGUGGGGGGACACCUGGAGCACAGCAGCGUGCCCUGUCUCUGCCAGUUCGUCAAGACCACCACGCUCAACACACAGCAGAGCUGGUUCAUGGGCAGGUGACCAGAGGGGGCUGGAAAACCCCAAAAUAAGAGCUGUGAAGCACAACAGCAAGAGGAAACUGUGGGGUGGAGGACAGAGCUGUAAUCGCUCAUCCUGGACUUAGCAGGAUGAGCGAGUGGAACUGUGACUCUAAUGAAACAUGCAAGAUGCUCACCAGAAAGCUGCUCACCUUCGAGACCUGCCUGCCCACCGGCUUGGUGUGAAGGAGCUGCUCUGGGGGCAGAAAUACUCUGAGGAAACCCUAGAGCUCCCUGGGUCAUUUCCCACUGCUUCUACUUGAGGAGCCACAGGCAAUACCUGCAGGUGCCAGCCCCACGCCUUCGAAAUGAAGUACAUGGGGGGUUUAGUAUAAGGAAGACUGGGGAAAUAUAUACAUAACGGUGUUGCAAAUGUGAUGUUUGCUCUGGAUUAUUUUUACAUCAUGUAGUUGUUGGUGACAGUGAGCUUUGUCCUGUGACAGGGGACAACAUCUCAGCUGAUGACUUGGCAAACUUUCCAUGUAAGAACCAGCUCAGGAUGGUGCUUGGUACCUGCCCCUUCUUCUGCCUCCCUGGGAGGAGGGUGAUGGGCAUCUGGAUGAUCCAUGGCAUGAAGCCUUAAGGCACUGUGCACUGGAGCACAGCUCUUUUUAGACCCUCAUUUCUGCUCUAUUUUGAGACAGGCUGAUUUCCUUUGCUUUUCCUUGCCUUCUUUCCCCGGUCACAUUUGCACACUGUGUAAGAGGAGCCAGUGGUGGGCAGGAGACCUCUGCAUUUGCUUGGAGUCCAUAGGGACUGGGAAAUAAAGUGCUUUAAGCCUACAA